AUGGCCUCGCCAUCUUGCAAACCACAGAAAAAACUUUCAGAUUUUCUAAAUGAACAUCAAGAACCUUUCAUCUUAGAACUUCACUUGUUAGAAAGAUCAAAUUCCUCCAAAACAUUUACUUCAACUUCACCCCAGAAUUUCGAAACACCUACAACUUCUUGCUUCUUAAACAAAAAGAGAAAACCUCUCUUUCCAUUUUGUAAAAUUUUAACAUGUGUACACAAGAAGAAGCUUCCAGCAACAAUCAAGAAUUCCGACACAGCAAAUAAACAUCCCAACGUUGGUGUCACUAUCACUCACGAGGCUAACAACGUUGAUCGAACACAAACAGCUACCGAAACAGAUCGUGUCUCAACUGCUAGCAGCUCCACCGUGUUCCAUUCAUGCUCAGAUAUUGAUGAUGAAGAAGAAGACAGAACUUCCUUUUCGUCUCACAAGUAUCAUAAUCCUCUGUUUUCUUCAGACACUGUCUGCAACAUAGAAAUCCAAAGCCAGCAAGAUACCGACAACAGAAAGUGCCACCAGAGAUGUAUAAAAGUGUGUGUGACACAUGAAACAUUGAACAAGGAUGUUUGUGUUUGCGGUAUGGCUGUGCCUAAGGAAUCUCUAUUAUCAGCUGCUAUAUUUAGUUCACUUAUUCAUACAGCAAAGAGAGAUCAGAAGAUCUAUACUAAACAACUGCGACAGAUUCUUGAACAUAAAAGAGUGCUGUACAAGACAAAGAGGUUAUUAUUUGAUUUUGUUAGAGAAUUCACCAAAAAUAUGAAGAAAAAAGAUUGUAAGCAAUUGAUGGGAGGUGAAAAGUUGGGAAAGAUAAUAUGGAAAAGAAGAAAAGAAGGUGGUGGAAAUUAUGAGACAAAUAUUAGUAAUUUGCUGAAUUUGGAUUACUUGGAUUCAAUGAAUGAAUGGAGUGAGUUUAAGACAGAGAUGAAAGAUGUUAGUAUUGAGAUUGCUGAAGCAAUAUUGGAACGUGUAAUGAAGGAUGAAAUUGAUAUUUUGCCACCAACCACACAACAAACUUGA